UGUUUGGUUGCAUUCUUUUUCUCUUUUCCUUUUUUUCUUGAUUUGAUGAAUUGCUUGCUAUCAUUCUUAUGUGUAAAGAAAAAUUAAUAAGGUUUAGAUAGAAUUUAUCAGCUUAAGCACAUGUUGGGCUUUUAAUACUUUAAUUUUUGGAGUUUCUUUGUGAGGAUUUUAUAUGUUAUAUUGCUGCCACCUUAUCUUAACACAAAAAGUUUAGGCUUGACAAUAUAUAAUAUAUUAUAAUCAUUUUUUUUUUAUCACUACUAAAUAUUAAUUUGAACAACUUCAUCAACCACACGACUAAAAAUAACUCGAACAUUCCAACAAGAUCCUCCAAUAUAUAUAGUAAAAGCUUUUUGACUGUUUAUGCUAUACUCGUUUUCAUGUGGUAUUACAUGAAAAAAAAUAUCAAUCUGAACUUCUUCAUCGUCACGAAAAAUGACUCGCGCGAAUAUAUUCUAAUACAAGAUCUUCCUAGUAAAAGCUUUUUGAUUGUUUAUGUUAUAUUCGUUUUCAUGUGAUAUUAAUUACAUGACUUCAUCUAGACAAAAAAGUGUAAUUUAUAUCAUCAUUCACAAUAUCUUAUCGAAUCCUAUACUUGUAACUUCGAAAAUCUUCGUUCGAAAUAUUUGUACAGGUGUGUACAUUGACGUGUCAUUGAUGCCAGGUGGCUAUCCAUGAAUCAAACUCACAUACUUGAGGCUGUGUGUUUGGUUUUGCAUCGUAUUUCGACAUUUUUUCUCCUAUUAUUUUUUUUUUUCUGGAUAACGUCGCCGUGACACCAUGUCCAAGCUGAUCUUAGUGGAAACUUAUUAUUAGCUUUUGUUGAUAUAAAAAUACAACCAAUGUUUGAAAAGCUUUAGCGUUAGUGUAUUGUCUAGUGUCCCAUAUAAGGGGUAAUUAACAAGAUAUGAGCCAAUAAUGAGUGGUGCAACUGUUUUUGGAUGAUAGUUGAUUCCUUCUCUUCACUCAUGGCUGGAGGUCAGAGAACAAAGGGACUAAGCAAGUCAUGCAUUCUUCUAAUAGUGCUAGCUGGUAUGGAGAGGUUUGCAUUCAAAGGGGUGGCAUCAAAUUUAGUGACUUAUCUCACAGAUGUUGUGAAGAUGAGCAACUCUUCUGCAGCCAAAGCGGUUAACAGUUGGUGUGGGUUUACUUCUAUGUUGCCACUGCUAGUGGCACCUCUUGCUGACUCUUAUUGGGAUAGAUAUUCCACCAUAUUGAACUCUUCUUUCCUCUAUGCUGCUGGGCUUGUGGCAUUGACAUCAUCAACAGCAUUGGCAUGGGCAUGGUCUUCUUCUACAAACAAAACAAUGUCUUCUUCAUUUCUUUUUUUGUCACUAUACUUGGUUUCAAUAGGCCAAGGUGCAUAUAACCCAUCAUUGCAAGCCUUUGGAGCAGAUCAACUCGAUGAUGAUGAGGAAUUGCCCUGUAGCAAAAACGAGAAUAAGUCUCAUAAAAAGAGUUCAUUCUUCCAAUGGUGGUAUUUUGGUGUUUGUAGUGGAAGCCUGUUGGGUGUCACAGUUAUGUCCUACAUCCAAGAUACCUUUGGUUGGGUACUGGGAUUUGCCAUUCCCAUGACAGCAAUGGUAACAUCGGUUGCAUUUUUCUGUUGUGGAAGACGGAUGUUUAUUUAUAAACAAAAUGAUGCUAUCUGUAAUAACCCCUUUGAGAGCAUAGUUCAAGCUUUCAAAGCAGCCAAAUCAAAAUUUAUGCACUGUGAAGUCAAGUUAUCAAAUUACAAAGCUGAUAAGGUUGAGCUAGAGCUUCAAGAGAAACCUCUUUGUCGCGAAGAGUUUGACAGCAUAAACGACUUGGAAGCGAACCCAAGAAAUGGUGUACACAUGUUUGACAACGUGAAAGUAGUGCUGCGGCUUUUGCCCAUUUGGACAAUGCUUCUAAUGUUUGCAGUAAUUUUUCAACAACCAGCGACAUUCUUUACUAAACAAGGUAUGACAAUGAAGAGGAACAUUGGAAGCUUCAAGAUUCCACCGGCUACACUACAGAGUGCUAUUACAUUGUCUAUAAUUCUUCUAAUGCCUUUAUAUGACAAGAUUUUGAUUCCGAUUACACAACUGAUAACUCGUGAUGAAAAAGGUAUUAGUGUUAUAAAAAGAAUGGGGAUAGGAAUGUUUCUCUCUAUCAUAGCCAUGAUCAUUGCAGCAAUUGUUGAAACAAAGAGGCUGGAGAUUAGCAGAAAUAUGGGAAAACUUGAAUCACAAUCAGAAACGGUACCCCUAAGCAUCUUCUGGUUGCUGCCUCAAUACGUUCUCUUGGGCAUUUCAGACAUUUUCACUGUUGUUGGGAUGCAAGAGUUCUUUUACAAUGAAGUUCCAGUUAGAAUGAGAACCAUGGGAUUUGCUCUAUACACUAGUGUUUUUGGUGUGGGAAGCUACUUGAGUGCCUUAUCAAUUUCCCUUGUCGAAAUCUUUACCAGCUCAAAAGGAGGGCAUGGCUGGUUCUCUGACAACAUGAAUGAAGCUUGCCUAGACAAAUUCUACUGGCUUCUAGCCUUGUUAAGUACAAUGAGCUUUCUAUUUUACAUGAUUUUGUGUAAGUGUUACAUAAGUAGGGCUGAAUUGGAGAAUGAAAACUGAAAAUGACCUUUUAAUUAGUUUUGACUUCUAUACAGUUUCCGCAAUUUGAUUUAAA